CUCUUGGCGACAUAUGAAUCCCCACAUAUACGAUGAUCUCAGACGCAUGCGGAGUAGGAGGAUCUCCCACUGACAGGCCCCUCCCUGUGAUCGCUGUCGAGAGGAUGGAUCGCCUGCGUCCUAGCAGUGCGACACAAACAAGCAAUCUUCUUCAUGCUGGGAAGUCCCGUCUGAGACUCUGGCCUUGAGCCUGGCCUACAUAUAUGGGAAGCGUAGCUUGGCUCUCAUAAGUAUAAUGCGUUGACGCCUUUUGCUCUCUCAAACCAAGGAGUCCAUUCCUAACUCUGGAUUGAUUCCAUUGUUCUCGAAGACCAGCUCAUCUUCAAUCAUACCACGAUCGCCAUGGUAGAGACACGGGUGUCGCUCUUUUUGAGUGUCGACAUUCUCGCAACUUUCAUCGCCUUUGCUUUCGUCGCUCUACGGGUUGGGUAUAGACAGGCAAAGAAUGCCCUUACCCUCUCCGAUUACAUGAUAUGUUGCGCCAUGAUCACUUCAUUAAUCCACAUGGUCCUAGACAUCAUCAUUUGUGCAAAGUUUGGAUAUGCCCGUCACCAAAACGAUCUUCCACCAGACCUCAAGGGAUCUUAUAAGACGAUGAUUGUGUUCUGGCUCAUCCAGAUCUUCACCAAAUUCCCGUUGAUGUUCAGCAAGCUUUCUCUGGGCCUGGUAUAUCGUGAUCUACUCAGCACUGUCGAUAUUCCAGUUGUACGAUUCUGCCGCAUCGCCAAUUAUAUCACUAUGGUCAUUGUCGUUGGCUUCUUCACAGCAGCCACUUUCGUUGGUAUCUUCGCCUGUCAACCAAUCCACAAGAGCUGGUACUCCAAGGAACCGGGCCACUGCGUCGAUACUCAGAUCAUGUUUAACUACGUUACGUCGUCUAUCAAUAUCCUCACGUCGUUGGCACUCAUCGCCAUCCCGCUACCAAUUCUACUCCGGACACAAAACAAGCGCAUCGAGAUCAAGCAGUUAACAGCGCUUGUAAUGUUAGGCCUAGUCGACACGGCCGUCUCCAUCAUCCGCCUCUGGAUGAUAAGCGGCUUCUAUAACGUCAAGAAGGAUUUUACCUACAACGCCAUCCCAACACAUCUCGUCAUCGUAACCGAAUUCAACAUUACCAUUAUUGCCGCCUCGUUGGUCGUCAUGCGGCCCUGCUUCCAGGCAAUUUUCAACAGGGUGUUCACCGACUCGCCGUACAACUCAAACAACAGAUCGCGACAGACACAUAAUCAGUAUAGCCGGUCGGGAUAUAUAAUGUCGGAUAAUGGCCCUACCAAGAAGAGGAUCAGUUCUGAGGCCGCCUCCGAUGACUUUCCGCAUACAGGGAUCCAGAAGACGGUCGAUAUUGAACUCAGUAGUAGAAACAUAUCUACCGAAGACAUACUGCAACCUCGGGAUCGCUUUUGAGGAGGAGGCAAAGGGCCAUAAGGAAAGAAACGUGGUUCACGUUGUAUAAGAGGGAAUGGCUGGGUUUUAGUCCGGCCGCUGCUGCGGAUGCUCCAGAGAAGCAGGAUCUCCUGGACAGAUGGCGGGCCGGCUUCGUGAUAUCUACCUUCUAUCGAAAUGGUUGGAGAGUGAACGUUGCGUCUGUACCUAUACCGCGAUUUACGAUACCCCCUAAAAUAAUGCACGGAGUCAAUGGUAGGAUUUGCUGGAGUAGUAUCAUUUCUGUCUUUAGUAGUCGGAUUGGCGUAUUUACUGUCACUCGAUACCCCUUUAAAACGUUUGAAGCAUAUAUAUCCAGCAAUAUACCAGUCCUAUUACGCCCGCAA